AUGGCUUCCAAUUAUACACAUUCAGAUUGUCCAGAUAGCAUAUCCGAAUGUUCAUCAACAUCAUCAACAUCAUCAAAAAUUAAAGAUGAUUUACUCAAUGAAAUUUUAAUGUGUGGUAUAUGUCUUUCUCGUAUGACAUCACCAUGUUGUCUUCCAUGUGCACAUUCAUUUUGUCGUUCAUGUUUACUUGAUUAUGCUCAAAAUACAACAAUAAAUUCUACAACAUCAAUAAAUUUUAUACAUUGUCCGUAUUGUAAAUAUCAAUUAAAUUUUCGUUCAUUCGAACAUUUUGAAUCAAUGUUAAUAAUAAAUCCUAUACUUAAGCAACUUUGUGAAGCAUUAGAUGCAUCAAAAUUAAAUAAUUCUGACCAACAACAUCAACAACAUCAACAACAACAACAAACUCAAUCAAAUGGAAUUUAUCGUGCACGAUGUCACACAUGUGGUUUACUUAAAAUGUUAAAAAUUUGUAAACAUUGUUCAUUUAUGCUUUGUGAAAAUUGUCGACGAUCACAUUUAUUAGAUGUACACCGUGAAAGUAAAUUACAAUUAAAUACUCUUGAAACACGUAUUGAAAUAAUAAAUAAAAAACGUUUGGAAAUGGAUAAAAAAUCUGAAGAAUAUAAUAAUAUACGUGAACGUAUACAAAAUUAUGCUCAACGUUUUAUUCAUCAAAUCGAACAACAACGUGAUCAAGCAUUACAAAUUAUAAACGAUCAACAAAAUGCAAAUGAUGAAAUGUUUUGGUCGGGAAAUGGUUUUGAUAAUGGAGAAAAAUUAGAUUUUUUUAAUUCACUUCUUCAAACAGGUCAAAAAAAAUUAUUUGCGAAAAAUAUUACAGAUAAAGAUUUAAUGGAAUUAUCUGAUAAUCUACAAACAAUACCAGAUAUAAAUGAAAAAUUAAUUGAAUUAAUACAAUUUACACAGUUAAUGUUAGAACUUGAUGAAACAUUAUUAACAAAACAAUUUAUUCGUGUGUGUGACACGCAAGAAACAACUAAGAAAAAUGAUAAUGAAAAACCUACUGAUAUUAAUUCACAGAUCUGA